AUCAUCUGCCGUCAAUGACAAUGAUACCGUGGCAGGAUAACAAGAUAGGAGACAGUGAACCUUGACAGCAGUGGAACUGAAGAAGAACCAACGAUAAAAAGUGAGCUUUUCACUCCAAGAAUCCAUCUCCACAUCAAGGCAGACUUGGUGUUGGAAAGUCUCCCAUAUUAGAGGGAAAAAAUCCCCCUGAGUGCACCAAGACUUCAAGGAUGUUUGACUCACACCCAAUGGUUCACUAACCGAUGGUGAGCCAAGUUUACGUGUGUCGCUGAGGUGAACACUUGCAAUUAAGAAAGGCCAGAAGAGGUUCAGGUGAGGCCAUGGAGCAAGCUUCCCUUAUCCGCCAGAUCCGUAUGGAUUCCUCCGACUCCUCCUGCUCCAACCGUACUCGCUCCAUCGCCUCCCUUGGCGGAUCGGAGGACUCUAUCUUGGAGGAGCGGACCACCUUUCCGUCAGGGCGGCCAGGGAACAUCCGGCAGCUCUCAGAUAGCUUGAUCUCCCCGGAGGAGCAGGAUAGCGGCUUCAGCAACUCCAACCUGGGGCUAGAGCCAUCAUCCCCAACAAACGGAAGCCUACGCUGCCGGACACCAGAGAUCAAGUCCCAGCCGAGGGCUGGAGCCCCUGAGGACUUAGACGAUGUCUGGCUUCCCCGAUUCCCCCGGGCCAGGAAGCUGGGCCUGGAUCGGACUCUGGGGACCAGUGGGUCCCUGGGGAGCACUGAUAGCUGGAUUGAGAACAGUGUCAGCGAGGAGGAUGAGGACAUGGAUGAUGGAGAUAUAGCAAGAUGUCUGACCUCCAUGUCUAUGGGGUCAGGGGUCAUCAAGGUCAAGGGGUCAGGUCGCUGCACAGUGAAGACGCUUUAUCUGGAUGGAAACAAGAGCUGCUUGCGUUGGAGACCUUCUAAGAAAGGGAACAAAGCGAAAAUUAGUAUAGAAUCUAUCAAGGAGGUACGAGAGGGCCCCAACACGGACAGCUUCAAGAAGUUCUUGGCAGCUGGCAACAAGUGCCAUACCAAGACAUGCUUCUCUAUCAUCCAUGGGAGUUCCUGGGACACUUUUGACUUGAUUGUGGAGACCGAGGAGGAGACGGCCAUCUGGAUUCGGGGCCUGAAGCACCUGCUGAAGGGGGUCAAGCCCGAGGUCAGACGGCUCAACAACAACAAGCUCAGGGAUUGUUGGCUGAAGGCAACCUUUGAAGCAGCCGAUAAGAGUGGAGAUGGCUUGCUCAGCAUGGACGAGGUCCUCAAACUCCUCCACAAACUCAAUGUCAACUUGAGCAAGAGGAAGGUCAAGCAGCUCUUCAAGGAGGCAGACUCCCAGGAUGAGAACAUCGGUAAGCUCGACUUUGACGAGUUCAUCCAGUUCUACCGCACCAUCAGCACCCGGCAGGAGGUGGAUGUGCUGCUACGGGACUACGGCCACGGCAAGGGCUACAUGACCCUGGAGGAGUUUGCCCGCUACCUGCGGGAUGAGCAGGGGAUGGGCAAUGUGGAGCCGGAGCUGUGCCAGGAGUUUGUGCAGACCUACGAGCCAAUUCCGGAGAACUCCAAGAAUGGUUGGAUGGGGAUAGAUGGCUUCACUCGCUUCCUUCUCAGCCACGAGGGGGACAUCUUCAACCCUGCCCACCGAGAGGUCAACCAGGACAUGACCCAGCCCAUGUCCCAUUAUUACAUAGCUUCCUCACACAACACCUACCUUGUGGGAGACCAGCUGAUGUCCCAGUCUAGUGUGGACAUCUAUGCUCUAGUCUUGCAGGCUGGUUGCCGUUGUGUUGAGAUGGAUUGUUGGGAUGGCAAAGAAGGGGAGCCCAUCAUCUAUCACGGCUACACCCUCACCUCCAAGAUCAAAUUCCGAGAUGUCAUCUCCAUCAUCAGCAAAUACGCCUUUAUAACAAGCCCUUACCCGGUCAUCCUGUCUAUCGAGAACCACUGCAGCCUGGAGCAGCAGAAGAAGAUGGCCCAGUACUUGGUGGAAAUUCUCGGGGAGAUGUUGCAUGUCCCUGCAGUAGACCCCAGUACGACAACAUUACCGUCUCCAGAGGAAUUGAAAGGAAAGAUUCUCAUCAAGGCCAAGAAAUUGCCAGAGGACCACAAUGAAAACCUAGAGGCGGGGGAAGUGAGUGAGGAGGACAGCGCCGACGAAUUAGACGAUGAACUCAAGCUUGAGCGAAGCAGCAUCUCCAAAAAAUUUGAAUCAGUGGCUAUGGCCCAGCUUAUGCUUAUGAGGAAGAAACCUAUAACGCCAACGCGAUCAGCAUGGCAACGCAUCAUCUCCAAGGUCCGAGAAGAUUCAAAGAAGAAAGAUGCAAACUCCAAAAACCAUGCCCGGUCCAGCAGUCUGACUGGUACCCUGCGACGCCUGAAACUCUCAAAGAAGAAACCUAAAUCUCAGUCAUCCUCCGAGUCAUCCGAAGGUGGCAGUCUAGAUCUUCUUGAGAAAUCGGCAACGGAUGAUGAAAUGGCCGGUGACACGUCAAACACCAGUAACCCCAAGUCACCCAGUCCACAGCCCAUGGGCAGGAGCCAAAAGGGCAAAUCUAUGGUGCUGUGCCGGCAGUUGUCACAGCUUGUGCAGCUCACACAGUCCGUGGGAUUCAGAGGUUUCAAGUCAGGAAUGGCCUCAUGGGAGUUGCCAUCACUCGGCGAGAUUCGCGCCAGUAACUUUGUGGCCACCAAGGCCCCAGAGUUCACCCAGUUCACUGCCAACCACCUUUGCCGCGUCUACCCCUCAGCGUAUCGGAUAGACUCCAGUAACUACAACCCGCAGCCCAUGUGGAACUGCGGGUGCCAACUGGUUGCACUAAACUACCAGACAGAGGGACGUCCGAUACAGCUAAGCAGGGCAAAGUUCAGUGUAAAUGGAAACUGUGGAUAUGUACUCAAGCACCCUCUUUUGUGUGAUGAGAACAAGCCAUUUGACCCCAACAGUGGAGACCCAGUUCCUCAUCUUCCAAGGAAGCAACUCACCUUACACAUUAUCAGCGGACAGCAGCUUCCAAAACCUCCGCAGAGCUUGCUUGGAGAGAGAGGAGAAAUAAUUGAUCCGUAUGUGGAGGUUGAGGUUGUUGGAUUAGCAGUUGACUGUGCCAAGUCACAAACAAAAACAAUUCAAGAUAAUGGGUUUAAUCCCUUUUGGGACUGCACCAUGACUUUCACCAUUCACUUGCCUGAGAUGGCCCUGAUCCGAUUCGCCGUGUGGGAUGAGGACCCCAUCGGCAGGGACUUCAUUGGUCAGACCACGUUGCCUAUUGUCAGUCUUAUGCCAGGCUACCGUCACAUUCAUCUUGAAGGCUUGGACCAGGCAACAAUCUUUGUACAUGUGACUAUGGAAGACUAUGACUCGUGGGUGAACAACACAGCCCGGUACCGGCCCCGCGGCUCCCAGUGCCGCACCAAGUCAGUGGAGCUGGAGUACUCGCCCCUCUCCUCCUCCCCAACCCACCAUCGCCUCGCCUCGCCCCGCCGCAAGUCUUCCCUGGGCCUGGUCCAGAAGCUGAACAUGCGGCGUCGCCACAGCAUGGCUGCCUUGCCGCCACGCGAGCUCUCACCGCUGCCUGCUCCGGGCAUGAGGAUGAAGCGGCGGAGCUACGAGGAGGGCCACAUGACGGGGAGUGCCGGCGAGUUGAGUCCAGGAGGAGAAGAGGUUUCCCAACUUUACUUUGAGUUGGCCCUUCCUUGCACUGAUACAGCCGUCAAUAAGAUCUUAGAUUCUCCAGUGAAAACGAGGCUAGAAGCUGAUGGGACCUUCUCCAUCUCAGUUGAUGACCUUCCUACAGUCAUGGCACUAGACAUUCCACCCUCUACACUUUUUGAGGCUGUCCGUGAGCAGAAAGUGAGCCUUUGGUCUGAGGGAAGCUACACAGCAGUGGAACGAACCUUCACGGUAAAUUUGUUGACAGAGGAGGAGUUGCCACGCGAUGUAGAGAGUGGCGAGACGGAGUCCCUGGUCAGCUCAUUAAGCUAUGAGCAGUUUGUCCAGGAUGUUUUUGAAGACUGUUUCAGUCCAGAUCUGAGCUAUGACCCCUGUCCUGACCUACUCAAAGAGGCCUCCCCAAGCCACGGGCCUGACAAACAGGAAACUCCAAAUGCUGUACCUCCAAAUCAGACAACACAGCAGUCUGGUCACACAGCUUGUCCUGGUGAUUGCAGCAGAGAAGUGGAAACCACAUCAGAUGGCACAGAUUCCUCAGACGAUGACAGUGAUGAUGUAUUUCUCUCUGAUGCCAGUGAACAUGAUGACACUCCUUCCCAGCAGGUAGUCAAGGAGCACAACUCUCACAACUGGGGCCUCCCAAGACAGGGCAGGCCUCCUCCCUUUUCCAUCCCAAACCAGACCCUAGGUCUGAGCCCAUCAAGAAGCCCUUCCAGCUCCUGCAGUAGUCCCCUCCUCACCCCUAAUUCCCCAAACCUUGGCACGUUUUCCAGAGGCACUGUGGAGAGACGAUCCAGGAUCAUCUACGAUGAUACUGCCGAGUUCUUGCAACCUUCUGCUGAGUCAGCAGAUGAAUCAUAUGUCACCUUUGAUCAAAGGGCAGCCAGUUCUGUGUCAGUCACCAUGUCAUUGGUUUCAGAGUCUGACACUGUGUUUAACAAGCACAAGAAGGAAACUCAAGGUUUCACUGAUAUCACAAAUGAUUGUGAAUCAAGACUGAUGAAUGACAAAUAUGCCAAUUCCACUUCUUCUGCUUGCAGCCAAGAUCUUGUCAGUAUUACUCAGAGUGAUGUCAGUCUUUCCGAUGACACUGAUGAGAAAGGCAGCAUCUGCAAUAACAAAGACUGCUGUGCCAAUUGUGGUGGCAAUGAUAUGUUGUUGGUCUCUGGUAAUGAUGUCAUCAGCAAUGUUAGUAACGCUGACAGUGAGAGUAGCACCUCCUCCAACUUGCUUAGAAAUAGCUCUCAGGACAAAAAGGCAUCUGACCUUUUUUCUCCAGAACAGAAGGAUCCAGAAAUGGCAAGCACUGAAGAGCAGAAUAGAGAUAGCGAAGGCCCAACCAAAGACAACCCCCACAUUUUGUUCAACAGGUUACAGAAUGACUAUGACCAGUCAGACACAGAGCAAAACCAAACAUCCAGUGGCAGCCAAAUUUCACAAUCUGACAGCACAGCAUAUGGAAAGGUCCAAGGUAGUCCAAGCCCUGCACCAACAAACGCCAAGUCAGCCACCGGUAAUAAUGACAUGAACAACAAUGGAAGGUUCUCAUUGCAGUUGCUGGUGGUUGACAAAGUGCAGCAAACACAGGAAGUUGAGGCAAGCCACAACCAGGGAAAAGAGAAAUCUGGCAAUGCUAUCCAGAUAGAUGCUGUCCAGUACCCCAAGUGGAUGGUUGACAAUGAUGGAAAUGAGAGCGAUAACAGCAGUGAUGAUGACAGUGAUGCAGAUGACUCGUCAAGUUCCACAUCCUCAUCUUCUAAUGCCUCGUCUACAUCUUCCAGCGAUACGGUCGUGGAAGUCCCACCCUUUGCGUCUGUACCCAAAGACAUUCUGUCAAAGACAUCACCAUCAAAGAACUCCAUCAGUCUCUCCCCUCUCAAACUGGAGGACAUCUUUGAUCCCAGCGAGUGUCAGCAAUUCCGCUCUGAACUUGUCCAGCAUUGGCAGAGGAGCAGUUUCGAAGACCAAUCAGUUUGUCAUUCCACUGGCCCUACAUACAGAGAUACCAAACGUCCCUCUGCCUCUGUAGCACGAGAAACACAGAGGUCUCCUGUAAGCUUCUCGGGGAGGGUGGAUGGACCAAAGCCAUACUCACCACUUGUCAGUGGCAUUAAAUGCCGAUCUAAAGUGAUGUCCUGUCUGGCUGAUGACAGGUACAAAAAAAGACUGUCCUGGCCACCAAGCUCAUCAGGAAAGAAAGCAUUCAUGGAAAAGAGGUCAAACUGGGAGAGUGAAGUCACUGCAAGCCUUAGAAAAGGGUCCAUUGGAAAUGGCCUGGGGUUUCGGGGAGAUAAUCCAAACUUGGGAGCCAUCACAGAUCAGAGAUUUAUGCCGAAGCCGGCAGCAAGAUGCACAGUCAUGAGUGAGCAAGAAGAAUUCGUUCGAAAUUCUAACCAACUCAGCAGCCAGUCGUUCAGCGAUGGUUUACAUCCCCCAGACCCUCCACAGAUGGUGUACAGAAGCCACCUGUCCCAACUAAGGUUAUCAAGUCAAAUGGAUCGGCACUUUUGCAGCUCUUUCAACACAAGUGACCAUCCUGCAAAGCAUAGGGAAGCACAAAGGCUGCCCAGUUAUUUUGAUGACUGUAAGAAGUCAAACUCAUUGCCACCAAGAUUAACAGGCACCAAGAGUCCACCCAGCUACGAAGACCACAUAUCAAGGUAUGGCCUGCCCACCAACUUCAAACCACCACAAGCAAAGGACAGUCACAAGCAUUCCCCACAGUUAAAGCUUUGGCGGGCUGAGCCUGUGAUGAUUUCCCAGGUUAGGACCAUUCAUCUUCGCUCAGCUGCAGACAUCUUCAAGAUGAAGCAGGAUCAGACGUUGGCCAAUGGCAGUAAGCCUACCGUAGAAGCUGAAAGUUAUUCAGAAUCCCAGCCUGAUAUCCUGUUGAGGACCGCUGAGGCAGAAUCGGAUGGAGCCGAUACACAUGUGUCACAGAAACAGUGCUCAACCAUGCAAUCAUGUUCAUCAUUACCCUCAACCAGAAAGGUGCAGUGCCACCCCACACCUCCUCGACGUCGCAAGCAACUACAGCGCAGUAGUUCUGAUGAAAGUAUGGCUCUACUCAACAACAAGCUAUUGAAAGGUGGAAAGAAGCUGGCACUAAAUUCUGGGAAAAAUCACAGUGUUUACUUAAUGCUAACUUUGUAGAGUUUGACAAAAAUGCCAGUUGAGCUUUCAGCUCAUUAUAUAGACCACAUUAGAAUUAGACUGAAACAUUAACAGACAGGGAUUUUUUAAGAGGGCAGGCAUAGCCAGUAGAAUUCGAACCACAACUGACAUCUUAACUGUUAGCGCUUUGAUCUCCAGUUUAAACAUUCAUACAUAUUGUAGUUGUCCAGUCUUUUCACCGAAAUAUUCAGGUACAUGCCUUGAUUUAUUGAAAUUUUCAGAGAGACACUUUUUGCAUACCUUAUAUCAAACUGUAAAGGAUCAGACUUUUGUAAAUAUAUCUUUUUCAUGUAUUGCACGAUGCUAAAUCAGUUUUAAAAAAAUAUAAUAUAGCAAUUUUCUAAGCUGGGCUUUGGAAAUGUGACUUGCCCUUACAAAAAAAGAGCAAUGUUGUUGAGACUGAUCACAUGUACAUUGUACUAAGCACAUUUUAAACAGUUUAACAGUAACCAGUGUCUUUGUUCCUCAUUUAAAGGACUCACGGAAAAGAUUUUAAGGAUGAAUUUUUCGUUCUUUGAGCAAAGUACUUAACCCAUGAAUUGUUGAGACACAUCUUUGUAAUUCAGCAGUUAAUACAUUACCUACAUUUAAACAGAUUUUUUUAAAUAUGAAAAGAAAGUACCUUACACUUUGGUCCCAGCAGAAUUUUGUCACUGGAAGAGUUUUUCUGUCCUUUUAUCUCCUUUACUUUGCAUCUCAAAUUUUGAAAUUUUGAAAUGAAUGAAAGAAACCAUUUAUUAUUUCCUGCAGUAUGAAAUGUACAAAAUUUCUGUGCAGGAAAGAGGUGGGAGUUUUUUGUCUUCAUCAGACCCAGCAAGUCUUACUGGGCAUUUCUGACACUCUGUCUUUUUGUCUUUGACCCAACGGCAUACUCAAUACUCCUCAAUGACUACUUACUUUUGUCAGCUUUGCAAACCAAUUAACAUGGACUUGAUUUCCCUCUUACAGGCAGUGGUUGCUAAUGUAGCAAACUUUCGUUCCCGCUCCUUGCCUUAACUUUUACUUUCAAAGAGCAUGUUUAUGCAUAUUGAACAAAUUCCAAAUGAUGCAGUAAAGAGCAAACACUAAUAUUAUUAUGCCAGGGACAGUUGAACUUUCCUACUUGUGGGUAAAUAUGUUAUUACUAAUAUAAACUACUUACUGUAAAAAAAACCUGUCAGCAGGAUAUGUCUCACUGAUAGGGAUUUGGAGUCAGAGCACUGACUAAAGACAGUGCAAACUUUUUGAGGUUUUGCCCAUAUUUAAUAUAACAUGCCUUCUUUCUCAGUCAAGAUCUUGGUGUCUGAAAAUUGCCACUACGACUGGAUGCUGUAACAGUGGCUUGUCUUGUGGCUAUAGCCGCUUCCAA